GGUGUCCCUCCCUGCCCCGACCUCGGGCGGUUCAUUCGGCGCUGGGGCGUGGAGGCCGAAGGGUGUCAGCAGGUUGUAGGUUGGAAACAGCCUCGCAGAAGCCCAUCGCUAGGACAAAGAGCUGGAUGAGGAGGUGGCUGCUAACCCACUGCGUGGCAAACUAUACAUAAUGUUCUCCCGGUUAAGAAUAGCCGUUUCCCCCUGGACGUUGGCACAUCGUAGCAUGCAUAGGAGGGAAAAAGGGAAGCCUUUGAUGCUUAACCCCAGGACAAACAAGGGUAUGGCUUUUACCUUAAAAGAACGGCAGAUGUUGGGGCUUCAAGGACUCUUACCGCCGAAGAUUGAGACGCAGGACAUCCAAGCUUUACGUUUCCACAAGAAUGUAGCCAAAAUGACGGAUUCCUUAGAGAAGUACAUAUACUUGAUGGGAGUCCAGGAAAGAAAUGAGAAGCUGUUCUACAGGAUCCUACAAGAUGAUAUCGAACGAUUAAUGCCGAUUGUCUAUACACCAACAGUAGGCCUUGCGUGUUCCCAGUACGGGCAUAUCUUUAGAAGGCCGAAAGGAUUGUACGUUGCCAUAACAGAUAAGGGCCACAUCCAAUCUGUUGUAAACAACUGGCCAGAGAACGAUGUGAAGGCUGUUGUCGUCACAGAUGGAGAACGUAUCUUGGGCCUUGGGGAUCUGGGAGUAUAUGGAAUGGGAAUCCCAGUUGGCAAACUCUGUUUAUACACUGCCUGUGCUGGAAUAAAACCUGACAAGUGCCUUCCUGUAUGUAUUGAUGUUGGAACUGACAAUGAGACACUUUUGGAAGAUCCGUUUUAUAUGGGAUUGUAUCAGAAACGAGACCGCUCGCAGGUUUAUGACGAACUCAUCGAUGAAUUCAUGGAAGCCAUUGUAGGCAGGUAUGGCCAAAACACCCUCAUUCAGUUCGAAGACUUCGGCAACCAUAAUGCCUUCCGCUUUUUGAGGAAAUACCGAGAAAAAUAUUGCACUUUCAAUGAUGACAUACAGGGGACCGCGGCAGUUGCUUUGGCUGGAUUAUUGGCAGCCCAGAAAGUCAUUGCAAAACCCCUCACCGAGCACCGGAUCCUCUUCCUUGGAGCAGGAGAAGCUGCCCUUGGUAUUGCAAAUCUCAUCGUCAUGGCUAUGGUGGAAAAUGGUCUUUCUACAGAAGACGCUUACAAGAAAAUUUGGAUGUUUGAUAAAGACGGCUUAUUGAUAAAGGGCCGGGCGGAAAAGAUUGAUGUCAACCAGGAGCCCUUUACUCAUCCAGCUCCAGGGAACAUACCAAAAACUUUCUUGGACGCCGUGAGGAUUCUUCAGCCUUCUGCCAUUAUUGGAGUUGCCGGGGCUGGGCGGCUGUUUUCUCAUGAUAUCAUCAAAGCGAUGGCCGACAUCAAUCAGAGACCCAUCAUCUUUGCACUGAGUAACCCUACCGUAAAAGCAGAAUGUACAGCCGAGGAGGCAUACACACUAACAGACGGCCGUUGCCUAUUUGCGAGCGGCAGUCCAUUUGGGCCUGUGAAGCUGAGUGACGGCCGGUCCUUCAUCCCGGGCCAAGGAAACAACGCCUAUAUUUUUCCAGGUGUGGCUCUUGCUGUUGUUCUGAGUAGCGUCCGGCACAUCAGUGACAAUGUUUUUUUGGAAGCUGCAAAGACAUUGUCCCAGCAGCUGAGUGAGGAAGAGCUGGCAGAGGGAAGACUCUAUCCCACGCUUUCCAACAUCAGAGAGGUGUCUAUUAACAUAGCUAUAAGGGUCAUGGAAUAUUUAUAUGCCAAUCAUAUGGCCUUCUAUUACCCAGAGCCAGCAGACAAAACUCAGCACAUACGAUCGAGAAUCUGGACUUCUGAGUAUGAAUCCUUUCUACCAGAUUUGUAUGACUGGCCAGUCUCAUCGGACACAAGGCGUGCUUGAAAUUCUGUUGGAAACCCCCCUGUCCAGAACAACAUAUGAAGUAGAACCGCCGAAGACCUAAAACUUUUCUUUUUGUGCUAAACUACAGAGCUGGGCGCCUCACCGACGCUGGAUUUACUCCCUAGAUUGGACUUCCUCUCUUCUGAGGUGCAUUCCUAUGGACGGUUGGGUUGUCUGCAACAGAAAUGAAAUUUAAUAUAUUUUCUAUUUCUCCCGGGGAAGCUAAUUGAACAAAUAAGGGAAAACCCUUAAUUCUAUUUUUUUUUUUUUUACUUUUGUUACUGGUCUGCGGUGUGAUUAAGGUUUUUCUGUACUGUCUCGUGUAUGACUGUAAACUGCAUGGAUUUACACCAAACAGAUUAAUUGAGAAGAGAAUGUUAGUAAGUCAAGGAAAAGAGAUUUGGCCUAGUCUCCCUCUCUCCCUCCCUCCCUCUCCUUUUUCACAGGAGAAGCAUCCAGAAAUGCUGUCCUCCCUUUAUAGUCUACAAAAAAAACCCACCCCUAAGUCUUCAUUCUGCUGGGAGCAUAAAUGGAUGACCAAAUUACUCCCAUCCCAUUUUUAUACUGGUUCUGCCUUUCUGCAGCCUUGGUGGUUCCUGUAACUGCCCUUACGUGCUGAAUUUUGUAGCAUGAAUCACACGAAGCCAGAUUUACCGAAAGGAGAGGCUGUCCUGCUUCCUUACAGGGUGGAUUCAAACAUACAAUUCUGUCUUCCUUAGCUCUACAUUUUCUUCCUGCUGGGAAAAUCAAUCAUGGUCAGCACACGCAAUGCUGCCAUCUCCUGGAUCUGUGUGUGUCUGUCUAUGUGCUCACAUUCUGCACUUGAAUAAUUCAGCUUUGAUAGUGGAACUUGCUGCAUAUCAUUUCCCUGGCAUUUGUUAUAUAGAUGGGCUAUUUUCCCCCCCUUUCUCUUUGUCUUUUUCAAGGUUUUGUUAUUGUUGUUGUUCAUGCUUAAACCGUAACACUCCUGAACUUAAUGAUGGCUGCUUUCCUCCCAGGUCUCUGUCCCAUGGAUCUAAUAAUUAGGGGGGGAUGGAAUGUGUGCCUUGUUGCACCCAUCCUAUGCCCGAAACCAGUGAUGCUGAACCUUUUUUGGCACUGAGUGGCGAAAAGGGAACGUGCGCGUGUGCGAUCGUCUGGACUGCAACCCGGAAGAGAGCUGCCCAGGGUACAUGCACGCGGCCAAAAAUGAACUUCCAGUUUCUGCCACAUGUACGCGGGCUGGCCAGGUAGUGUUCCGGGGUUUUGGCACGCAUGAGUGCGUGAUGAUCAGCUGGCUGGCGCUCACGCAGGAAAACGGAAGAUCAGCUCUUCCAGUUUCCAGUACUGCAGCAGACAAAAAGUCCAGCUGAUCAUUGUUCGCGUACGCACACCAGAAACCCAGAAGAGGAACGGGCGACACCGCGAAUGCCCAGGCGACAUAUGGCUCUGCGUGCCACUUUGGCAUGCAUGCCAUAGGUUCGCUAUCAUGGCCCUAAACUAAAAUUUCUCAAUCUUAAUCAUUUUAAGAUGUGCGAAUUUCUAUCCCAGAAUUCCCCAGCCAGCAUGCCUUAAAACAGGCAAGAUUGAGAAACAUUGCCCUAAAAAAAAGCAGAUGGCACUCCAAUAAAAAAAUGAUUUCUUUUUAUCUCCAGGUAACCCAAAGGUGCUUUUUUUAGGUGGCAACUAGAUUUUCUUGUUUUGUCUUUUUCACUUGUCAUCCAAGAAGCCGCUUCAGCUCUGACAGGAUAGUGGGGAACGGAAGGAAUUAAUAUUCCUUGCAGACAGCUGGUCAUCUGCAUCCUUUUAGAGGGUCGUUGAAGAACUUGGAGGUUUACCUUUGUCUUCAGGGUCACCUGAGUGGUGCUCCUGGUUCCUGUGGUCUGCAAUUUGGAUGAGAAGUGAAAAAAUAAGAAAGUCCAGUUGCCUCCUGAAAAAGCACCUUUGGGACAACCAUGACCUGGAUGACUGGGAAUCUCUACAGAUCUCCAGGUAACUUGGUUUGUGACACACAUAUUAUAUAUGUCAGAUCUGGGAUCUUUUUACCAUUUGUUUAUUUAUUUAUUUGUCCGGUUGCCUUACCCUGUUUCUGGGAAUCUGUUAACGAUAUAAGAGCUGCCCUCUUGGAUAAGGUCAAAUCCUCAAUUUGCCUGUCCAAUAAUUUUUUUAAAAAAAUGUCGACAGUGAUAGCAUCUCCAUUUCCUCCCAAUUAAAUUCUACAGACUGCGCUUGUCUGCUAGGGAAGCCUGCUACUUGGAUACAACAUGAAAAAGUGGAUGGUUUGACUUUUAUUUUGUUUUAUUCAUCGGGGAAUGCAAGCCCGAUGUGAACGUCCCUAAGAGAAAUGCAGCAUUUUGACUUGAAAUGAUAAUGAAGGGAGAUGGUCUCAAAAUGGUCUCUUUGCUGUCUGAGAGAAACUUCAGUUGAGCAAAAGGAUUUCCAUGUGGGUGCUUGACAUAUUCCUGCCAUCUUUUCACCAUAAUUGGAAGUCUGUUUCAUACCUUGUGCCUCUUAAAGUAAAUUCAUCCUGCGAUCUUAAGAACGGGUCCAGUUUUCAGAGAGCAGGAUGAAUUUUCAUAUUAUUUUGGCACCUGGAACAUUCUCAGACCGGCUGACUAAGAUUGCGUCUGGAUUCAAAUUUGGAAUUGUAGUUUCGGCACACCUAGGCCAGCAGCUUGAGGAAGACUAGGUGAGACUGCACAAUUCAACUCUUGUGUGAUAACUAUUGAGAAACAUUAUAACCUUGUUUUAUUGGGCCCGACGAAAAUAUUUUGUAAUAGACGUUCACCUGAAUCGCAGGUUGUUGGUUUUUUUUCCCCCAGUUUGGUUAAUCGGGAAAGGACUGAGUGAUGUUACACGCCUAUCUUGUUUUUUCAGAAAAGUGUCCUGUGCUAUUAGCAAUGUUUGUUUGUUCGUUUUCCUUUUCUGUAUAAUGUAGAAAUACCGGCGAAACUGUACCGUUUUUAUCUAGGGCGCUUCAAAAGUUGCCUUACAUCAGUUGUACCUGCCCAAAGGGAUGGUGUCUAUUUGUAAUGUAAGAAAACGUAAGAAAUAAUAUGGGGUACUUUGUUACUCAGCUUUUAACAUCCUUCAAAGGCUUUGUCUCAGAAAUAAUUGGGAAAGAAUGUUGAA